AUGGCUGACAAGGAGAACCUUCAACUCACACAAGCUGAGCUCCUAGCCCAAAUCGCUGAACUUCAGGCAGACAUGCGGAGGAUAGCUGAGUUAUCUGCACAGAACAACGGAAAACAGGAGGGAGAAAGCUCCAAAAGCUCGGCCCAGGGCAACACAGAUCCCCUGAACAUCACCCCGCCGAAGGAAAAGCUCACUCCCGACAAUCCCUUUUCCGAGGAAAUCACAAAGUUCCAGAUGCCAAAAAAUUUUACGUUGCCCUCAGCCCUUAAGCCAUACAAGGGGUUCGGCAACCCCCGAGCUCAUGUCAAGAAAUUUCAAUCUAUGAUGUUCUUUAACGACGCUAACAAUGAGCCUGUGCUCUGCCGAGCUUUUUCCACUUACCUUGAUGGUGCUGCAUUACUCUGGUUUUCUAAGUUGUCUGCAGGUUCAAUUUCUUCCUUUGAGGAGCUGGCGAGGUCGUUCAUCGAUUACUUUGCUGCGUCAAGAAUAUAUGUGCACAGAUCAGAUUAUCUAGGCACCAUCAAGCAGGGUCAACAUGAAAGCCUAAAAGAUUACAUGACUCGGUUCACGGAAGCAACCAUGGAGAUCCAAGACUUAGAUUCGGCGAUCCACCUGCAUGCCCUCAAAGCCGGCCUCAGACCUGGAAAAUUCCGAGAAACAAUUGCAAUAACAAAACCAAAAACGCUGGAAGAAUUCCGAGAAAGGGCUGCAGGCCAGAUGGAAAUCGAAGAGCUUCGCGAAGCCCAGAAAACAGACAAACAACCGCACAGAAGGGAUGAAGACAAAAUGUUUAGACCACCGAACAAUAAAGAACCGAAGAAGCCCUUCAAGCUCACACCAAAAUUCAAUACUUACACUAGGUUCAACACCAAAAGAGAGAACAUCAUCAAAAAAAUUCUAAAUGCCAAAAUCGUGAAACCACCAGCUUGGGUGGGGAGUUACCAAGACCAAAGGUUCGUGGAUAGAAGCAAGCAUUGUGCUUUCCACCAGAAGUUUGGUCAUACCACGGACGACUGCAUCGUCGCAAAAGACCUGCUUGAAAGACUAGCACGCCAAGGGCUCCUAGACAAAUACAUCAAAGGUCGAAAAGCCAGAGGAGUCAACUCGGACAGAGGCGAACACAAACAAGCAGCAACAGAUAAGGACAAAAGAGAACAGACAACACCCAAUCCGCCAAGAGGAAUCAUCAACCACAUAUCAGGAGGCUACACAGGUGGAGGUGAAAUAACCUCGGCCAGAAAAUGA